AUGGCUCAAAUUCAAAAUACAACUCGAACGCGUGUAGCUGCUGGCUUUGACACGACAGUACUUACUAUGCUCACUCUUCACGAACAAGACUACCAGAUUGGUUGUCCUCCAACAGAGCAAAUUGUCGAGCCACCUGCGAGCCAUACUAGUAAUAUUCGGACUCGGACGAGUAGUUCCAUGGAGGAAGCGGAUCGAAGAAGUAGUACAGCUAUCAUCUGUAAUAUCAACCAUGAUCAUCACGACAGCGCUACUGGAAGAGGCAGGAGUAGAUAUACUCAACAUAGUAAUUUAGAAGAAGAUGAACCGCGAUUCGGAAGAAGAACGAGAAUGCCGCAGCCAAAUCACGGCUCAUCUUCUUACUACAACUACGGGGGGCCGACGUCUUCGGUGCCUGCAGGUGGGCACCAGCUCCAGCACAUGAGUCAACAUGUAGUUGUUGGGUCCUCCUCUUUAGGGACGAACGUUGAACCACAACCACUUUCUCCAACUACAGCUGCGGCGUCGCUUGGAACGCCGCGGCGGGAGCUAACACAAGAUGAGUGGAUGGCUUUGAGAACUGGUUUUCAUCGCGGCAACGACCGCGUUCCACCUACAACUAAAGGAGCACGCCCACCAGCUCCUUCAUCCGCUGUAGGAGGAGGAGGGCUUCUCCCUGAAUCUAGCAAUAGUCUUCCAGAAGGACCACCUGCUCACGGUCGCGGACCCCAACGCAGUGGUAGUCAGCAUCGUCAACAACAACUACAUUAU